AGAGAUGGGGAGCGCUUUGCGGUCGCAGUAGGGACAUCAGACUUCACACACAGCGCGCGCGUACUAGGCCUGCACACAUAAACUGACAGAGCAAUACGCGCUAAGGGACAAACAAAUCUCCUUCCUUCCUUACCCAUCCCCGCAGCCUCCAGCUGGCUCAUGGAGAGCGGAGCCCUGCUUGUCCGCACCGGGGGCGCGUUGAUCGGAUGCCUUUCACCACACCAGCGCCGUUAGAUGCUUUCCAUUCAGGAUUAAUUCGUUGACCAAUGGCUCCCAAACAUGCGCCCCUCUCCAGCAGCGGCAGCAGUGGCCCCGGGGUUGGAGGGGUAAAUAAUAAAGGAGACCCCCGCUCUUCCUCUCCCACGGCAUGGAUCCUGGAUGCGGGGAUGGUGGCCGUCUGUUCGCCGAGGAACGGGAAGAGGACGCGGGCGCUGGAUGGGACGCUGGCCCGGUGGUUUGUGACCGUCAGCGCGGUGCUGAUGCUGAUGAUGCAGAGCUCCUUGGCCGCUGACGCUGAGGGAGGUCACUAUGAGUCAAUGAGACAGGCUGUCUUGCCUCUCGACCCCGCUUCACCCUCCAACCUUUCAGCCACCCCCGGGACUGGAGACAGAGCUGGGGCUAAGGACAAAGAUGCAAUGGAUGGCACUGACGCCGGUCCUGGAGCUGGACCCGGAGCUUUGCCUAAGGGUAAAGUGUUUGCUGAGGCCAGAACAGCGGUUUGGAUUGAAACAGAAGCAGGAGCACGUGCUCUGGCGGGUGGCAAAGUCUUUGCAGAGGCUGGGAUUAUGACGGGAACCGGCGCCUGGGCUGAAGUCGGUGCUGAAUGGAGGCCGGUGGAUGCGGAGGCGGGUGACCUGCCAAGCAUGCCCAGGGACCCUACUGCCUGGCUGGGGCAGCAGAGGCUGCAGACGCGUGGAGAGGGCCAAAGAGAGCAGACAGGCUUCUCAUCAGUCCCCACCAUGCUGGCAGAGAUGGCAGAGCUGCAGGCACCAGCAUUAGGAAAACCUUUAGGACUCCUGUCUAAAGCUGCUUGGACCAAAAUCUCCUCUUCAUCGUCAUCCAAGGCCUCCUCCUCCUCUACAACAAAAGCAUCCUCUUUGCCUUCCUCCUCCUCCUCCUCGUCUACAACAAAAGCAUCCUCUUUGCCUUCCUCCUCCUCUUCCUCGUCCUCCUCUCCAGCCAAUAACAGAGACAGUCAGACAGCAGGACCACACAAUGUCUCUCUGGUUGUUGUCAACAGCAACUCUUCCAACAGCAACAGCAGCUCCAGUUUGGAAGAGUCAGUGAGCAGCCUGCCAGCCUGGGAUCUCCCCACUGUCCCCGAGUCGCUACUGUCCACAGUGGGCGACCACGACGUCACACUUCCUGCCAACGUCACCAGCCCUUUCUCCACCCACCAAUGGAACACUACCGUACCUGUGCGCACCACAAACACCUCACGGCACGCAACCACAUCAACCACCACCAUAAACACAUCUCUAUCACCCACCACCACCACCUCGGCUUUACCGUUAUCCACCACGGCUAGAACACAAACACCACUGGGAUCCACUACCGUUUCUAACAGCACAAGCCAGGACACUGUGACCAAUGACAGCCUUCAGCUGACGACAGUAACCACGAUGACGCCCUCAACGACCACUCUUACUGUGACCUCUGUUGAUAUGAUGACACAGACGGUGACCACUGGGAGAGCUGUAACAGUACCACGCAAUACCACUACUGCAACAACCACUCAGCCAAUCACAAGCCUCAAAAUGACAACAGCGGCUACAACUCAGCCUUCAACCAGCACUACAACCACACCUGCCACUACUACCACCACUACUACAGGCCCCCCAACCACCACCACUACUCCUCCAACCACUACUACACCUGCAACUACUACUACUGCCACCACCACUACUACUACCACUACAACCACAACAACAAAGGUACCUGCUACCACUGUGUUCAUCCCGGUCCAAACCACACCGCCUCCCACCACGACCACAGAGCCUCCGUCCAGUACCAGUGCAGAGGAAAGUCCUCUACCAUGCAAUGUGACCGAGAAGAACUGGGUCAGAACAGUUCUGUCCAUUGAGCUGCGUAGGAACCGCCUGGACCUGAUCCUGAAACAGAACCUCUCUAAAGGACUGAGCCACGCCCUGCAGAGAGCCCUGAACGACUCCACAGCCUAUGCACAGGUGGAACGUGAUGACUGCAGCCCCCACAAUGUGACGUUGGGUUACUACGUGACCAGCGGCAAAACUGUCUACAUUUCCUCCUUGGUGGUUGAGUCACUGAAUGUUUAUGGUUUUGACAAGCUGCUGUCGGACAUCAGGCAGCACACCCCAUUGGUUAAGGCAGUUCUGGUUCCCGUGGAAACCUGGUUGCCUGCUCCAAGCAUUCAUCUGCAGCUGAGAACAGUGUUGAGGUUCGUUGGCCCAACAGACAACAUCUACUCGUGCAGUUUUGUCCAGAUGUUGGAGCAGAGGCUGGAGAACGCCUUCGAUGAGGCUCAGGACAAAGUGCUGGAGACCUACAACAGGCUCACUGUGGAGAUCCAGAGUGUGUCCCAGGAGCCGGGCUCUCCGUCAGUCUCCCUGGUGUACGUGGUGAAGAACCAGGAUGCGAUCCUUAACGGGACGAUCUCCAGCGGCCUCCUCAACCAGCUGACCGCCGAGCUUGUGGGAUACUUUCUGUUCUACCCACCCCUGGUCAUCGCUCAGCCCCUUGAAUACCAUAAUCUCAACACGUCGAUGGCAACCAAGAACUAUUGGGUGAUAACAGUGAUCCAGGAUGUGGACAGCUCUUCCCUGGAGGCCAACUACCAGAGCUUCGCCAGCCUGAUGGAGCAGCGGCUGGCUGAGCUGUUCCUGGUGGCCGGCAGGCAGGGCUCUCGGGCAGCACGAUCUCGGCGGGCCACCACCGUGGGGGGUUAUACUGUACAGAUGGUGAGCAUGCGUCGACUGCCCGGUCCCAAGAACCCUGCAGAGAUGACAUACUACGUCCAGCUGAACGGAUCCCCUGUCACUGGAGCCAGCGCUGCCAAGACCCUCAGCAGUCUGGACUCCCAGACCAUGGCUCUGACACUGGGAUACUUUGUACAAGUGCAGGCUGAACCUGUGGUAAAGACGCCGCCCAGCAACCUGUGGAUCAUGGCCGUUCUGACACCACUCUUCCUGUUGAUGGUGGUGAUCGGCAUGGUGGCCUUCAUUCUGUGUAAGAGGAACAGGGUCAUCUUCAAAACUGGUGCCUUCAGGACCUUCAAAUCCCGCUCCAAGACCUCAUAUCGAAGGGAGGGCAGUUACCACCACCAGCCUGUCCAGGGCUUUGACUACGCCAAGAAGCACAUGGGUCGGACUGGUGAUGAGGCCAUCUCGGUUACCAAGGAGACACUGGUGCUGGGGCUGCCUGUACGAGAUGCUCCACUAUCACUGUCAUUAGAUAAGAAGGUCCACCAGGAUGGGACCGCCAGCAAGAGGCCUCCAUCUGCAGACAUACACAAAGGAGGGCGGUUGCCAAGCGAGGAGGACGGCUCCAUGUCGAGUAACGGCUCUGGGAAGCUGAACACUAGCAAGAGCUCCUCGGCCCGAAGGACGGCGACCGGCAGCAGCAGCGGCAAGAACGGCAAGGAGGAGCUACACAAGAGGAGCACCAACGACCCGUACGAAGACCACUCAGGCUCUCUGCGUCUCAUCACCAUCAAACCUAUGACGGCCCAGCCAACUUAUUCCUACCCCUCCUCCUCAUCCCACAGCCAAGACUCUGUGGUCCUCAACGGGGAAGCAAACCAUGUUGGUUUGAAGCAGAAGUCGGACAUCGAGCACUACAGGAACAAACUGCGGCAGAAGGCCCGGAGGAAAGGCUACGGAGAGUUCUCUCUGUCUGAGACCGGCAGCCAUGGUUAUAGUCACCGUGAUACCAGGCACAGUCGGCACGACAGCGCGGUCAAGGAGCCAAUGACCGCUGAGGAGAAGAGGGCCUCCUUCGCUGGUUGUCAUAAGAGGUACUCGCACCCACGGGAGCCCACCUAUUGGAGCCGGCAGUCUCUGAGUAGCCCGAGCCCAGUAGAGACGGAGAUGGACCUGCUGGUGCUCAGAGAAAGAUCCAGGAGGGGCAUCCGUAACAACGGCUACGACGUGAGUACCUGGACAAGUCAGGGCGAACCAGAACCGUUUGAGGAGACCAAUGUGGACCGUCUCAUGAGCUCUCUGGGUUAUGGAGGUGGAUCUAAUGGCACCGGGAACGGCAGCUUGGGGGUGAAAGCUCACCGUGGCUCCGACUCCUCCACACUCAGCUCUCAGCCAUCCAUUGACGAGGUCCGCACGCAGAUGCAUAUGUUGCUAGGCAACGCCUUCAGCCUGGCACCUCCGGACCACGACCCCCCGUCUCCUCCAACCAACAGCCACCACCAUCACCACCACCAUGCCCACAGAGCCUACAACCCGUCCCACACCAGCCACUACAGUGACGGGGUGACCAGUGCCCCAGGGACCAUGAACCAUCCCUGUGGAGGCAGGCAGAGGAGCACAGGCUACGAAGACAUGCACCAGUGUAGCCUGCCCAAACCGGGUUUCCGGUUCACCCAGCUUCCUGAUAUGGGCAUCGGGUCUCCCCCGCCACUGAUCCCCUCAAGGCCAGGACCACCACCUGGGACCUCGCUACGACGCUCCACGCCUGAUGUGAGUCUGAAGCCUCGUGUGUCGGAGGCCUCAGAGCUGCAGGCCCAGCAGCACAACGGCGCUCCGUACCUGCCACUGUCCAGGACCCCCUUUCCUGCUGUCACUGUCGACCAAUCCAUCACCACCUACUCAGGAAACCCAAUAACAGCAGUCUACGCUAUAUCAGCCAACCGCCCGGGUUACUCAGACUACUUUGUAAUGUCACCGCCGUCCUCAUACCGUAGCCCCUCCUGGAUGUCCUACCCGCCCGAGCCAGAAGACCUGCCACGGCAGUGGAACGACACACCGAACUCACGUCAUCUUGAAACCAUCUGCUGAAGUCAUCUGCCUGAGUGACAUGUCACUGAGUGGAAACACCCUUGGUGUCUCUUUGGAUAGGCAGAGGACCUCUCUCUCCCUGAAAACUCUCUGGAGCUUUAUCACGCCUCCUUCACUUCACUUCCUCUCUGUUUCAUUCAGCACCAGUGGAUCCCCUCCCUGCCCCCGCCUUAUCUCCAGCUUCCUCUCUCUCCACUGGCCUGGCCUUGAUCUAUCCUCUCUUAGCCCGCUUCAUCUGCAGCUCAACACGUUUCUCAAUCUCCAGAACUUCUCUGCCCCAUAACCCCCAUCCCCCGGUCAAACCUCUGCUUCAGUCUCCUACCAAUGCAAACGUUCAGCCAUACUUCUCUUCCUUUCUGUAUUCUUUCUGCUCCCUGAGCCCCCCUUGGCCUCAUAGGCUUUUGCUGGCCCCUCUGGGCCCCUUGUCAUUAUCUCCAUGUAGACUGCCUCUUCUGUGGUGAUCACCACUGUACAGAAAGAGGCCCCUCACACUGCUGAACUGAACUGAGCUGCGUGAAGCUUUACCGUGCCACCCUGCAUAAUUACACGCGUGUGCAGAGUGGAUAAACAGGGUGUGUACAAUACAGUGUCAUGUGCAGUGUGACAAGGGCAACCUUCCAACUAGUUCUCUGCCCCAGCAGUCAUCGUACAGUAACUGCCAUCUGGCACACAGCGCUGCAUUAUCAGUACAGUAGUGCCCCAGCCAUGGCCAGUAGUCUACUCCUCCUCUAAGCUGGACUGGACUGGAUAAUCCUGGACUUGCCCAUAAGGUCCACCAUAAAGCCAGGAAAGCUGGACUGACUUAAAACUGUGCUUUUUGUUUUUGUUUUUGAUGAAUCCAAAUUCCUAUGUAAACCUUCUACAGCUGGUUAAUAUGUGUAUUUUAAAUUUAAGUGAGAAAAAAAAUCCAAUGAAAAAGGAAAAAAAAACUCUGUCUUGAGCUGUCUCAACUUCAGUUUUUGGAUAUUUGUGUGCUUUUGUCUUUUACUUUUGUGCAUUGAUUAUUAUCAAUGGAUUACUGUACAAAAAAGAUGUAGUGAGUGUUUCCCUUUCACUCACCUUAUUUCAAGGCAAAAAAAAAAGGCAUUCUUCAAAACAGAGAAAUCGGCGGCUUUGUUGUCUGUGGUUAUGAUGGCAUUUCUGUACUUUUAAAAAUAAAUGCUUUUUUCUUUCAUCAGUUUCAGCAAUGAAAACAAGAAUUAGUCACUAUGUUCUGUCGAUCAUCUGAUUAUGAAGUUUUGUCUGCUAACCAUUACGCAGACCUGGGUCAAAUACACUCAUUGAAAUCCCACUCACAUGCAGUUCCGUUUUGUAGCUUUGCAGCCGCUGCAGGGUUUGUUUGACUCUUCAAAAAAAUAACAGAUAAAAACAUUUACCAUAUGAUUACUUGGAUUAGAAUUGAUUUCAAUUCUGAUUUGACUCAGAUCUGCUACAAUUUUGUGAACACACCAGUAUUCUUAGAAAAGCAGUUCUUUUACUUGAAAGAUGUCUACUGUAUUCUACUGUAUAAGGAAAUGUGACUUUUGGUUACUUUGGUCUUGAUGAAGAGGGAUGACUAUAUGGUUACUGGACUAUGGUAUAGUACUGUUCAAGAGAUUUGCCAGGCUCGGAUGAGCCGUAUAUGUAACGAUUAAAUGUAUUACUGUAUAUAGCAGAUGAUUUAAUGAAGAGAUUUAUGCAAGUUCUGUGGGAGGGAUAUUUAGCUUGACAUUGUUCUGAUGCCAUUAUUCUUCCUUGUAGUUCCACUGCAUUCAUGAAGGACGAUCAGACUGUUCCUGAAAGUCCUUGACUUUCUGAACAAUGCACACAUUUCAGUUUCAUCAUCUUUUUUUCAUAGUAUUACUAACAGAACAGAAAAUAUAACAUAAAUUAUUACAAAAGAAACAGAUGGAGUGACAUGCAGUAAAAAGGCACUUGUCCAGCAGAUCUUACCCUGCAUUAGUGUAUUCUGUAUGUUUAAACAAAGCUAACAUAGCCAUACUAGUCAAAAUAAUGCAAUUUCUAGUGCAAAGAAUGUCACACCCGAAAUUAUAUUUAACCUCAUUUUUUCUGAGGAGAACUGGGAAUCAGUUAGCACACUGUAUGUAAGGCUCCUCAUCAUUAAGAUGGUACUAAAGGAGAUUAUAGCCAUAGAUUAACUUCACCAAGUGGACAUAAAGCAGCUAAGAUAUACAGUGUUAUGUUGAAGAGUGGCAAAUGAUACCAAAUGAGAGUAUAUUAGAUAUGAUGAGGCAGGGAAAACGAAGAGUAGUAGAGAUAAAAAUGCAAAAGAUAGGGUAUUAAGUUUGGUUUAACAUGAAAUUAGCACUUUUAUAAAGAGCCCAAACCUUGUCAGAAAAGGGCAGAAUCAAUACAAAAAUGCUGUUGUAUAGCAUGACAUUUUCAGAUUAUGUAAAUCUACAAACAUUUUAGAAAUCCUCUCAACUGAGCCUGAAACUGUAAACACAAAAUCAAAGUAAAAACAUUUUAAACAUCUGUAUUCAGCUAAAUGAUGAUGGGUUUUUUUAACCCUUAGACCGGGCUGCACACAGGACAUGUGCACUGUAUUAUUUUAGGGCACUGGAUAAUUAUAAUGACUUUAUUAAGGAUGCAAAAAAGGUCCGUAGGUUUAAUGACCCGAGGAGGAGUUUACAUUUUACUAUAUGACACAAAUUACACAUAGUGAAGUUUUAAAGCCAGAUCAUGAUAUUGCUUUGAAAUUUGACUGUUUUAGGCGUAAAACACCCCAAAAUGAUGCCAGAUUUGAAACUGCUUUUAGACCAUUUAUAGACAUUUAUGUAGGGAGAUACUCUUGACCUCAGUAUUUCUAAAAUCCUCUCUACGGCCCUGCCUCCAGAGUUAUGACUUCAACUUUAAAUUCCAACGGAAAAAACACAUGUGGAAUAUAUCUCCAUAGUUUUAAAAUACAAAUACAACAUUUAAUACACAAUCUGUCAAAUAAAGCCUGUUUGUAGAAAGUAGCACAGAUAAGAAGUUUUCUUUGUCAGUGUUGAAAUCUAUGCCUGCACAUGAUAAAUAUUAGAUGUGGAUAUUUAGGGAAAAGAAAGCAAAGGUGUGAGAUGACAGUACUGGAGCAUUAUGAGCGCACACGGUGCUAUUGGUGUUUGAACUUGUGUAUAUGCUUUGCUAGUUAUUUGAGUUAUAUUUGGAGUGUUAUUUGGAGGCCUGUGGCAAACCAUCAUAUUUCAAAUGUAUAAACCCAUGUAUGAUUAAAGAGAAAACACUUUCACACAUUUUAUUUGACUCCAUGUCAACGAGAGCGGUGGGUUUUGGUCAUUUUAAGAAGAAGACUUGAUGCUAUGCUAUAAGUUGAUGUGCAAUGUUUGUGCUUUACACGGGUAGCGGUGAGAUCCUUUUAUUGACGGGUAGCGGCGAGAUGCUUUUAUUGAUGACGGACUCUGGGAUGGGUUGACUGUGAGUAGUUUUUUUCUGCCGUGUGAGUCACGUCAUGAUGCUAUGACAUCAUGGUGGCACUGAUGAUGUCACACUAUCGUCACUCAAGGGUCGAUGAGGUCUCAGUGACGACAACAAUGAAUGCUGUUGGAUGUAGUAACGCAGAAAACUUUUUGGUGAAUUUAAACAAUAAAGACAAAUUACUAU